AAAUCGGCUAUGUGCCUGUGAGCAGCUUAACAGAUGUCAAUAACUGUCAGGAUACGCCCACAAGAGCAAUAUUUGAACACAAGCAGCAGAAGCAAGGAUAAAAUGGCUGCACGGGAGUGAUAUUUCCUGAUUUAAAUUUUCCCCAAUCUUCCGUCCCUAACAAGGAAAUAAUGCGUUCAUUACACGGCACAUGGGCUUUUAUUGCCAGCUGACGACGACAGGUAUAGGUAGGCCUGACAGUCUACCUGCAGUUUACUUCAGCAAUUAACACCUCCCUAACGCGAUCAUGAGAAAUAAGCCCUUCUGAAUGUCAGUCAAUACCGUCGCUAGGCAACGGAGGCCAUUUCUAAACAUUGCCUACUGGGUAUAGUUAUCGACCGCGACCAGAAGACAAUUGCACUGACAAUACGGAUUACCUACGUUGUGACCUUGUGACGCGGUAGGGGUGUACCAUGCAUGUUUAAACACAACGAAAACAAAAAUGGCGUAAGAUGUGAUUCGGGGGACAGCCGAGGAGGAAAAUGACAGUGGAAGGUUCGAUUCGAGGGAUGUUGACUUCGUGCGGAGUGCUUGUAUUAGCGGCAGGGCUGACGUCGUCGCUAUCAGUUGAUUAUUUUCCUGCAAAAUGCAACAGCAGCGUCACUGUCGUGACCAGUCACCAACUGGAGAGCAGCGUCGGCCUGCACUACGCCAAUGACGUCUCUUGUACAUACACCGUCACAGUCGCAGCUAACAAGAGGGUUCUCGCAAAAUUUCAAAGAUUUGACUUUGAGAAAAAACAUAAUGGCUCAUGUACAGAUUAUGUAAAUUUGUAUGACGGAAGUGACGUCAGUCAAACCAGACUGAAUGCGAACCCUCUUUGUGGCACUAUUUUACCCAGCAAUGCUAUGUCAAGCGGUAAUUCAAUCACGGUGUCUUUCGUCACGGACAGUACCGGAAUUGGACGAGGAUUCGCCUUGUUGUUCACGGCGGUGUAUAAUGGAACAUGUGUAUUCGGGGACUUCUCCUGCAACAACUCGCUCUGUAUCGACAGUGACCUUCAGUGUAAUGGCCUUGACCAAUGUGGAGAUAACUCCGAUGAAGCAGCAUGCACGGCCGAAGACCUGCUGCUGAGGUACGGAAAGGACCACGCCCCAUUGAUAGCCGGCGUUGUUCUCGGGGUGCUAGCCUUCACUGUGAUCGGCGUUCUGGUAGGCAUGUACAUCUACAAACGCAACAAAUGGAGACGCUUUCUCAGUGACAAUGAUGCCGAGGAUGAAAGCAUUUGGGAAAUCGAGUCUGCCUACCCCGUUACCCAGAAGUACUUCAAAGGCAACCGAGGAAGACCAAAUUACAAUACCUUGCAAGAGUACGCAGAAACUGAUCACGUCACAGCAGAAACUCAUGACAUCAGUCCACGAGGCACUAGUGAUGUCAGUGAUGCUUCAACUUCCAAACUGACAUCGACUGCUUGAUACUAUAUACCAGCAUCGAAGUUUACCCUGGGGCCCGAACCACAAAGCGUUCGUAGCGAUACGAACAUCGUACAACAUCUUACGAAUACUGUCCGCUACGAACGCUUUGUGGAUCGGGCCCCUGUUUUUUUAUGGGUGGUGGUCAUGUUUAUGUAAUGUUUACGAUGGCAUUUAACUCAAAACCUGGACAUUCCGAACUCUCUGCAUUCCGGACAUGUGUAAUCUAAACGAAGGAAAUUGUCCGAUUAAACGAGAUUCUUCUUAUAUAUGUCGUUUUGAUAGCAUCAGUUCAUUUGUCGUCAUUAAGGCCUCGGUCACAUUAGUUGGUACUGCAUACAGACUGUUCUGAAAUGGAGCUUAAACAAUGAAUCAAAAGUACUUCGCAUAUUGAAACCUUGUGAACACGUAUAGAUACAGAACCGCCGAAUUGUUAAUCAAAAAACAAUUUGAACUGUCCAUUCUGAACUCGGUGUCUGGAAAACCCGUUGGGAACGUUUUCAUGUUCACAUAAGCCAUCUCGGAUUAUUUCUUUUUUCUCAAUCGAUUAUGAUAAUAGACUUGAGAAAAUAAAAAUGGAUAAUCGAAGGUAGGAUUCUUCAUCUGGACAACUGUUAAUCCAUGCGAGUUUACCGUUGGAAGUACUCUCCGGAUUAACUGGCUUUUACUGUGUAUUCAACAUACUUUCCUCAAGACUGAGGUUCGUUAAAUGACCCGAUGUCACAAUCAUUACGAAAGCUGCUGCUACCUAUAACAUCUAUUUUAACAAAAACUUGCAUUAAUCAAAAUAUUGUUGUCUUUUUAUUCAAUACCAGGUGAUGGAUGCAAUUUAAGUUGUGCUUGCAUGUUGCGAGUGGUUAAAGUUUAUCAUAUGCUAUUUGCUUACUCAUGUGUUCAUUCGUAUGAAUCUGUGGUCUAUGAGAACGGAAAAUCAAGCAAACAGAUUGUCGUUUAUGUGUAAUUUGAAUGUGUCAUCUAAUUCCUUUACAAUUAUAUAUUUUGUUUAUAUGUUGUUUCGCUGGCGAAACUAAACCAGUUAGCAUUAUUUGUUUGACCAAUUAUCUUGAUCUAUGUUUAUUCUCUUAUAGGACGUGUACAAUGCCCAUGGUUUAUUUGCGAAAAUAAAUGACUUGUAUAAACA